AUAAACACGAGAAAAAAUUCAUUUAAUAAAUUGAAAAGAAAAACCCUUUCCCAAAUUUAAUUUCCAUGAGACUUGGAAGACGGUCGAACUAGCAAAAGAGGCUUUGUUCUCUCUUUUCUUGCGAUUCUUUCUAUGGCGAUUCUCUACGCCCUGGUGGCUCGUGGGACUGUGGUGCUCGCGGAGUUCAGCGCCGUCACUGGAAACACUGGUGCAGUCGCUCGCCGGAUCAUCGAGAAGCUUCCGGCCGACGCCGAUUCCAGACUCUGUUUCUCUCAAGAUCGCUAUAUUUUUCACAUACUCAGAGUUGAUGGCAUCACUUUCCUCUGUAUGGCCAACGAUACUUUCGGCAGAAGAAUACCUUUCUCAUAUUUGGAAGAUAUUCAUAUGAGAUUUAUGAAAAAUUAUGGCAAAGUGGCCAAUAAUGCACCUGCUUAUGCAAUGAAUGAUGAGUUUUCAAGGGUCUUGCAUCAGCAGAUGGAAUUUUUUUCCAGCAAUCCUGGUGCUGAUACCCUCAAUCGUGUCAGAGGUGAAGUUGGUGAGAUUCGAACUAUAAUGGUUGAGAACAUAGAAAAAGUAUUGGAGAGAGGCGAUCGCAUUGAGCUUCUUGUUGAUAAAACAGCUACCAUGCAAGAUGGUGCAUUUCACUUCAGGAAACAGUCUAAGCGUCUUCGACGAGCUCUUUGGAUGAAAAAUGCAAAGCUAUUGGCCCUGUUGACUUGCUUGAUUGUUCUGUUGCUAUAUAUAAUUAUUGCUGCUUGUUGUGGAGGCAUCACUCUACCUUCCUGCAGAUCUUAAGUGAUGUUAAAAUUUCUGCCGAGGUAUGCAACAAUGACUCCUGAGUUGAUGCAUCUCAUUUCUGUCAGUGGGUAUUCUGUCACUAGUCAUUCAUCCAAAAUUUUGGGGUCUGCAUAGGGUGGGAAUAUAAUAAUCUUUACUACCGAGGUUUCGAAAAAUGUCUAGAUUUCUCUAUAUCUGUUUUUGCACUUGAGUGAUUAAUAGUUAUUUCUUUUAUGAAGCUUAACAUAUGAUCUCUAUAUUCUUUGAAUUGAGAGUGCCCAGAUUGUAGUAUAUUGUCUAGUAUCGAGAAAUAAAAAUGGCUUAUUGCACUUGUAUUAUAAUUGACUAGCUCGUUUUGGCUCAUAUUGUAAUUGUUUCUGUUUUCUAUUUUCGAGCAGAUUGAGUUUUCCUCGUGUUUGCUAA